GCUUCAACACUAUUUUUUUAUCACAACAAAUUCCAAACCAAAAAAAUAAAAAUAAAAACAUGAAGACAAUCACAACAUUCUUGCCCCUCUUGACCAUCUUUUGCAUUAUCCUAGGAAAUCACAAAACUGUUGCAUUUGAUAAAAACCUCAAAGGGAACGAACUAAUCAACCUAGUAUGUAGCGAGUCACAAACAAAGGAUCUAUGUCUUAAGGUACUUACCUCGGACCCAUCAUGUACUCAAGCAAGCCUACAAGACCUAGUCUUGAUAUCUCUUAAGGUCGCGGCGGCGAAUGCGUCCGGCAUCCUAACAGAAUGCAAGACGCUUAUCGACGACCCAAAUUUUGACCCGGCAUUCCAACAAGGUCUGGCUGAUUGCAAGGAGACCUUGUUGGAUGCCGAGGGUCAACUUGAGGACACCAUUGCUGCCACAUUGGCAAACAAAGAACAUGAUGCUCAAGUUUGGCUUCAAGCAGCAUUGGCAGCCAUUGAUACUUGUGAUGCUUCAAUUCCUGGUGAUGAUGAUAUUUUGUCCCAACAAAGUAGAGCUUUUCGCCAUCUUUGCAACCUUGCCAUUUCUCUUAGCAAGGCCUUGGAUUCUUCUUCUAAGAUGAAGCCUAAAUAAUUCUAAUUUAACCAACACCACUACUACUACUACUACUACUAUAGCAUCUCUUUGGAGAUUUUUGCUACCUUAUUAUUAUUAUGGUUGAAUUUCUAUAUCUUAUUACUCAUAAAUUUUGUUAUAAAGAGAGAUGAUUUUUAUGUAUCAUGUCAUCUUAUCUAUGUGUACACUUUUACAUGAGCAUGAAAUCCGUUUUUGGAUUUUGUAGGAAAAACUUGUAUGUAAUUAAUUUGAUUGCAGCAAUUUUGUAUACAUACAAAUUUAAUUAUCGUUUA